AUGCGUCAGUCGUCUGCCAGUGACCGGCUCCUUCACGACAGCUUGAGCCGAGAGGUGAAGAAGAUGCAGAGCGGCCGACGCCCGGCCGAUGUGUCCCGGCCCACGCGGCCAGUGCCGCGGCCAGCCAGGGCGGCGCGGCCGGCAGGUGGAGCACCUGUGGCCUCGCGGUUCUUCGGCGCCAUGUUCUUCUUGCCGCCCCUGGUUCUGGCGGUCCCGUACGGCCUGCAGCUGUUUCAACGCUCGCGGAUGCUGCGGGACAUGGUCUUGAAGCCUUUGCUGCCGCUGGUGCUGGCUUUCCACUCCUCGCGGGCCGCGAACUUCCUGUGCAUCGUGGUGCUCUACGGCCUCGUGGGGAAGAACAAGUCCCUGCACCCCUUCACCAGAUCCAUCGGCCGGCAAGCCUCGACCUUGAUGAUGGUGCAGUUCCCUGCAAACUUCAUCCUGCAAUUUUUCGGCGCGCCAGGGCCAAUUUCUAAUCUGGUCCAGGCGAGCAUUUUCCUGUAUUUCGUGUACUGCGUCAUCUUCGGCGCUCUGGGCUCCUUGCGAGGGCAAGUGGCCGAUCUGCCGGGGAUCGGUGCGGGGACACCCUCGUUCCAAAGGGGGCAAAGCGGGCCAACGUCGUUCCGACCAGGCGGCUGA